AUGGCACACAAAUAUUCACUUGAAGCAUUAAACAGAACUAUGCAAGAUUUAAACAGCAAUAAUAGACUUUUCGGUGGUGUUAUCUUACUUUUGUCUGGUGACUUCCGGCAGACCUUACCGGUUAUACCUCGCUCAACUUUCGCGGAUGAGAUUAAUGCAUGUUUGAAACAAUCAUUCUUAUGGCGAAGUGUUGAAACACUUCGAUUGACCAUAAAUAUGCGAGUACAAUUGCAAAAUGAUCCAUCAGCACAAAUAUUUUCCGAACAACUACUAGAUAUUGGGAACGGUAAAAUAGAACUGCAACCAAAUACGCAAUGCAUUAAACUACCAGACAAUUUUUGCACUGUUGUUCAGGAUAAAAAUGAAUUGAUUCAGAGUAUUUUCCCGGAUAUACAGAAUAAUUAUUUGAAUCAUGAAUGGCUCAGUCAACGGGCGAUUUUGGCAGCCAAAAACGUUGAUGUUGACGAAAUUAACUUCCAGAUACAACAGUUGUUACCAGGCGAUCUGAUGUCUUUUAAAUCAAUCGAUACUGUUGUUGAUGAAAAUGAAAGUGUAAAUUUUCCGAUUGAAUUUUUAAAUUCAUUAGAUAUACCUGGAAUGCCACCACAUAAUCUUCGAUUAAAGAUUGGUUCCCCUAUUAUUCUCCUCCGUAAUUUGAAUCCGCCUCAAUUAUGUAACGGUACGCGUUUGGUCAUCAAAAAGAUCACCGGUAACAUUCUUGAAGCAACCAUUUUGGCUGGGAAGUUUAAAGGAAAAGUGGUUUUUCUGCCACGUAUUCCGAUGAUACCAUCAGAUUCUACCAUACCCUUCAAAAGGCUACAGUUUCCAAUUCGUUUAGCUUUCGCCAUGUCUAUAAAUAAAUCUCAAGGUCAAACAAUGUCCAUUUGUGGUUUAGAUUUGGAAAAUCCAUGUUUUUCUCAUGGGCAACUAUAUGUUGCGUGUUCACGUGUUGGGAAACCGUCGAAUCUAUUUGUGUUAGCUAAAGACAGGUUAACCAAAAACAUUGUGCACCGAUUGGUGUUAAAUUAAAUUGAAAUUGAAAGUAUUUAUAAUUCAAAAAAAGAGACAUUAAUGUUUAAAAGUUUAAGACUGUCUGCCUUGCCUACCUCAUUCAUGAUGUUUAAGCGUCACAUGUUAUUUACUGUAUUAUACUGUAAUAUACUUAUUUGUUAUAAAAUUAAAUGGAAAUAAUAAAUCUGAUAAAUUUUUAUUUUGUAUUGAUUUCUGCUUAAUAUCAAGUGUAAGAACAUUUUAAUUAAUUGUGUUCAACGUACUUCCCCUUCAAAUCUCAAUCCAGUGAAUUUGUAUACCACCAUCAACAUUUUCGUCUUUGUUCGUAAAUAAUUUCAUUGUACUAAAGGGUUAUAGUAGUAGAAAGUCAAAUAAGGAGAUCACCAUUUUUUUUUUCAAAUACCAUCUGUGUAAAUAAGCAUAGUGGACUCCGUGUCUGAUGUUCUUUUAUCGUUCCUCUUAGAUUGUUUACUAUAAUGUAAUAUAACAAAAACUUCAGCCACAGCAACGCGUGGCCG